AUGCGGUUCGUGUAUCCCUAGUGAGUGGGUGUGUUUAUUUUUGAUUUUUGCGGUUACUUUUUAGUCGAAUUACAUGUAAAUACUAACUUAAACAUAAAUAAAUACCUAAAAAUCAUAAAUACAUAAGCUUGAUAGGAGCUAAAGUAUUGUUUUAAAAUUCACAAUGGUUAAUAAAUCUAAGACUGGUUUGUUUGCCUUAGGUUUUUUUAUAUUUGCAUCUCUGUUCAUAAUCAUUGCAUUUGUUUGCCCCUAUUGGUUAGUGACAGACGGAAAACUCGAAAAUCCCAAGUUUAUUAAAAUUGGUCUCUGGGAAGUAUGUUUCAAUGGAUUUGAAGAAGUCCACCAUUGGUAUGAUACAAUAUUCACAGGAUGUUGGUGGAUAUUUGAAGAGGAAUACUACAUAAUUCAUGAUAUACUCCUACCUGGCUUCUUCAUAGCUACACAAUUUUUUUUCACCAUAUCACUAUGUUGUGUCUUGGUUUCAAUGUUACUCUCAUUUAUUUAUAUAAGAAAAGAAAGAGAUGAUGAUAACUAUGUCACACUUCUAGUUUCACUAGGAACUGUGUUAGUUAUAGGAGGGUUUUCUGGAUUGAUAUCUGUAGUGACAUUUGGAGCAAGAGGUGAUGGCCGAGACUGGAUGCCGAACUGGGAGCAUAAUGACCUGGGCUGGGCCUUUGCAUUAGGAGUAAUAGGAGUUGUUUUCUUGUUUCCCUCUGGGAUCCUCUUCCUAGUUGAAGCAAGAGUACAAAAAUAUAAACGUCUGCAUGAAAUGCAAAGUCGUGACCCAUCAUCAUACACAAUGCAUGAAAGAAAAAUGGGUUAUUCAGGAGGGCACACUGACAUUUGAAUGUAUGAUUAAUUUAGAGGUGGCCUUAAUUUUAAAUCCGUCCAUUGAAGCUGGUGAUAAAUUAAGUUAGGUACUAAAAAUUCAGAAAAAAAUAUACAAAUAUAUGAUGAAGCUAUAACUUAACAUGUUUGUAAUAAAAAGAAACUAAAAUGUGUAAU